CUUCAGCCCUUGUCAUAAAUCCCACACUAGGAAACGCAAUAUAUUUCAAAGGAUCAAACGAAUGAUAUUAAAUGUGAAAUAUAAGGCUUGGACAAUAAACCAUGUCUCUAAACAACAAUUCUAUACGGACGCUUAUUGGGAGUGUGGGCGUUGUCAUGCUGGUGCUAACGGUUAUGUCAGUAAGUGUGAUGCAUCGGGAAUUCUUCACUUCAGCUACAAAACCUGAACAGCUGCUGGAUUCACUUAAUAUCCGCAAGGAAUACACCAUAAAAACAGAUGGUUUAACCAGAAAUGAAGGUGCGAAGCCCACUCCGGUUACUCAUGUCGGUUUCUUAAAGGUUCACAAGGCAGCGAGCACGACAACGCAGGCGAUAUUUCUACGAUUUGGAUGGCGAAGGAACCUAACGUUUGUACUGCCAUUUGAAUACAACAAUUGCGGUUACCCAAAUGUGAUCAGUACGAACGAGUCUGUCACGAAAUAUAACACCAUUAUGGCGGGAAAUGGUACACAGUUCGACAUCCUGUGCCAUCACGUGUUGUACGGCGACCGCGAGUGGUCAUCUGUCUUACACACUGAUUCUUUUUUGGUAGGAACAGUGCGGGAGCCGUUCUCCCAUUUCAAGUCCAUCCUGAACUAUUUCAGGCCUUUAAUUAUGCGGCAACUUAAAAAUGAAAGCCCCGAUCCUGUCGCUAAGUUUCUAAACUCGCCGAAAGAGUUUGAUGCAAAAGAUCCACGAUAUUCUCUAUUGAACAACAGAAUGGCUAUAGAGUACGGCGUGGAUCCUGAGAUAGUUAAGUCGCGAGAUGUACGGAAAUUCAAUGAAUAUCUGCACAACGUCUUAGAUAGGAAGUUUAGUGUUGUCAUUCCAGCUAAACGGUUUGAUGAAGGAUUGAUCUUAAUGAAGAGAAGACUAAAUUGGGCUUUGAACGACAUCAUGUACGCUAUGAAAAACGUUCGAGGUGAAAAAGAGGAAGUCGCUUUUCCUGUAUCAGAAAACCUCAGGGAACUAUAUGAGGAGCAUUCACUAUUUGAUUACAUGAUUUAUGAUUUCUUUCUUGCUAAGUUUCAACGGCAGGUCGAAGCGGAAGGGCAGUCUUUUGCAAGGGAAACGGAACAUUUUAAACAGGUAAGGAAAGAGGUAGAAGAAUUUUGCCAUAAUAGGUCGGAGGAAAGCAGAACAGAAAUUAUUAUACCUGAAAGUGAAUUCAAUGAAAAGUUCAUAAUGGACAGAAGUGAUUGUAAGAUUAUGCAUAUGGGUGAGAUCGAAUUCACUCAAGAAAUUCGCAAAAGACAAUAUGGGUCCGCAGACUGGACACAAGAUAAGCAGAUUGAAUGGAGAAGAAAGCAAAACCAACAUACGGCAUGAAACAAUUAACAGAUUUAACCCAUUGGUAGUGUCAAGGGGAAAUGAAAAUAUACGUCAAACACAACAUCCUGUGAACGGUUCAUUUAAUAAGGACGGGAAUGCAUUAUUGAGUGUGAUAAAGAACGGGUGUGAUUGGUUACAUUGUCAUACCUAGUAUAGCACCAUAUUGACCAUUGAUAAUAGCACAAGUGACAUAGACACUGUUUUGUAUGUUUUGAAAAUCUAAAGCACAUUUGUAGGAAUGUACCUUAUGAAUUAGAGGAGGCCACUAUGUGCAAGUAAACAUGCCAAAUAAUUAAACCUGUAGGUGUGGAUUGUUCUUAUUAUUUAAAGCUAAAUCACGAAGGCGUUUUGUAAAGCCGAUAAUGUGAACCAAACAAAAAUAAUUAAAAUAAUUGACCACUUUAGGCUUGAACUUUUAGUGCAAAAAUCCUUUUCUGCAACCAAUUGUAAAUGUUUGGAAAAGCUUACCAAAAUUUGCAUACUAUAGUACUCAUGUAUAUUGAUUUACAUUUCGAGUUAUAACUAUUAAUCAAUAAAAUUGUUUCAGUGUGCAAUAAAGUAAAAACUCACCAUGUGCU